AAUGGAAAUUCCAGAUUCAAAUGACCCUUUAGGUCAUGCAGAUGGACUUGAGAGACCAAUUCCAACACCUAAAGGUUACUUCCUGACCUUUUUGGAACCAGUAAACAAUAUCACUGUAGUCCAGGGGCAAACAGCAAUCCUCCACUGCAAGGUAGCAGGAAAUCCAUCUCCAAAUGUCAGAUGGCUAAAAAACGAUGCUCCAGUGGUUCAGGAGCCAAGACGGAUCAUCAUCAGAAAAACAGAUUAUGGUUCGCGUCUGAGAAUCCAGGAUCUGGAUACUACAGACACGGGAUACUACCAGUGUGUGGCUUCGAAUGGGAUGAAGACAAUAACUGCAACAGGAGUGUUGUUUGUAAGGCUUGGUCCAACAAACAGCCCAAAUCACAAUCUUCAAGAAGAUUACCAUGAAGACGGGUUCUGUCAGCCAUACAGGGGAAUUGCGUGUGCACGAAUCAUUGGAAACAGGACCAUUUAUGUGGACUCCCUCCAGAUGCAAGGGGAAAUUGAAAACCGAAUUACUGCUGCGUUUACCAUGAUUGGCACUUCCACGCAUUUGUCCGAUCAGUGCUCACAGUUCGCGAUACCAUCUUUCUGCCACUUUGUGUUUCCCCUGUGUGACGAGCGUUCUCGGACCCCUAAGCCGCGGGAGCUGUGCCGGGAUGAAUGUGAAGUUCUGGAGAAUGAUCUCUGUAGGCAGGAGUACAACAUCGCUAGGUCAAACCCCCUCAUUUUGAUGCAGCUACAGUUGCCUAAGUGUGAGGAUCUCCCACGACCUGACACCCUGGAAGCUGCCAACUGCAUAAGGAUUGGAAUCCCUGUGGAGAGACUCAGCCGAUAUCAUCAGUGCUACAACGGUUCUGGAGCAGACUACAGAGGGACAGUCAGCGUUACGAAGUCUGGCCACACUUGCCAACUCUGGGACUCCCAGAGUCCCCACAGUCAUGAUCUGACAAGCACACAGUUUCCAGAGCUAGGUGGAGGACAUGCAUAUUGCCGAAAUCCUGGAGGUCAGAUGGAUGGGCCUUGGUGUUUUACAAAGAAUAAAAACGUACGCAUGGAACUGUGUGACAUACCUUCUUGUAGUCCACGUGACAACAGUAAAAUGGGAAUCCUCUACAUCCUGGUUCCCAGCAUAGCCAUCCCUCUGGUUAUUGCCUGCCUUUUUUUCCUGGUCUGUAUGUGCAGAAACAAGCAGAAGGCAUCCGCUGCUACACCACAGCGCCGCCAGCUGAUGGCAUCUCCUAGCCAGGACAUGGAAAUGCCACUCAUUAAUCAACACAAACAGGCUAAACUUAAAGAAAUCAAUCUGUCCACUGUGCGGUUUAUGGAGGAGCUAGGAGAGGAGAGAUUUGGAAAAGUCUACAAGGGGCAUCUUUUUGGUACAGCACCAGGUGAACAGACACAAGCUGUUGCUAUCAAGACACUUAAAGACAAAGCGGAACUGGCUCUUCGGGAAGAAUUCAAACAUGAGGCAAUGAUGAGAUCACGAUUACAGCACCCAAACAUUGUUUGUUUGCUGGGAAUAGUGACGAAGGAACAACCCAUAAGCAUGAUUUUUAGUUAUUGUUCUCAUAGUGACCUCCAUGAGUUCUUGGUGAUGAGAUCUCCCCAUUCAGAUGUUGGCAGCACUGACGAUGACAAGACAGUAAAAUCCACUCUGGAACCAGCAGACUUUUUCCACAUUGUGACUCAAAUAGCUGCAGGAAUGGAAUAUCUUUCAAGCCACCAUGUUGUCCACAAGGACUUGGCCACUAGAAAUAUACUGGUGUUUGAUAAACUGAAUGUGAAAAUAUCUGAUUUAGGCCUUUUCAGGGAAGUUUACGCUGCUGAUUACUACAAACUGAUGGGAAAUUCCCUUCUUCCUAUUCGGUGGAUGUCCCCUGAGGCUAUUAUGUAUGGCAAGUUUUCUAUUGAUUCGGAUAUAUGGUCAUACGGAGUUGUGUUGUGGGAAGUUUUCAGCUAUGGCCUGCAGCCUUACUGUGGUUAUUCUAACCAGGAUGUCAUCGAGAUGAUCAGGAACCGACAGGUUUUGCCAUGUCCUGAUGACUGCCCCACAUGGAUAUACACUUUGAUGUUGGAGUGUUGGAAUGAAUUUCCCAACAGAAGACCAAGAUUUAAAGAUAUACACAACAGACUAAGAACAUGGGGAAACCUUUCUAAUUACAACAGCUCAGCGCAAACCUCUGGGGCAAGCAACACCACGCAAACAAGUUCUCUCAGCACAAGCCCCGUUAGCAAUGUCAGCAAUGCUAGGUACAUUGGACCAAAGCAGAAAACUCCAGCUUUUCCUCAACCGCAGUUCAUACAAAUGAAAGGGCAGAUGAGACCGAUGGUCCCACCUCCUCAGCUCUACAUUCCAGUCAAUGUUCCCCAGCCAAUGCCUGCCUAUGGCGCUUACUUGCCAAAUUUUUACCCCGUCCAAAUUCCAAUGCAAAUGGCUCCUCAGCAAAUGCCUCCCCAGAUCAUUCCCAAACCAGGCUCUCACCACAGUGGGAGUGGAUCCACCAGUACAGGAUACGUAACAACGGCGCCUUCCAAUGCAUCGGUGGCCGACAGGGCUGCUCUACUCUCGGAGGGCACGGAUGACACGCACAACGGAACAGACGACAUCGCCCAGAAUCCCGUCCAGGAGGAGGAGGAAGAGGAGGGCUCUGUGCCUGAAACAGAAUUGCUGGGCGACAAUGACACACUUCAGAUGGACGAAGCAGAAAUUCAAUCAGAAGCCUGAAGAAUUUGGCCUCCUCACUAAGAAUUUCACAUCACUUCCAUGCAUCAAGACUGUAGAUCCUUAGGCUUAAUAGCAGUGAUUUUGAUCUGACUGAAAGAAACAAAACUAAAAAACCUACACCCAGGUAAAGUGCAGCAGUAAUGAUAUACCAGGUAUAUUGACCAUUGCCACCAUCAGAUUUUGCGAAUAUGAUGGUAUAGAAUUGCUGAGUUUAAUCUUUUUUACUGUCCUACAGUUCUUGAGGGAAGCUGCUUUUCAGUUAUGUACUGUUGCUGUGCAACGUAUUGCAGAGUAGCAUUGCACAUCAUGUAUAUCAUGAUAUGUGAGUGUAAUGUUAGUGAAUUGUGCUUAAACCAAUA